AUGCAGAAGGGGAUCCGGCUGAACGAUGGCCAUGUCGCGUCCCUGGGGCUGCUGGCGCGCAAGGACGGAACGCGCAAAGGCUACCUGAGCAAGCGGAGUUCGGACAACACAAAAUGGCAAACCAAGUGGUUCGCGCUGCUGCAGAACCUGCUCUUCUACUUCGAGAGCGACUCGAGCUCGCGGCCCUCAGGGCUGUACCUGCUGGAGGGCUGCGUCUGCGACCGCGCGCCCUCCCCCAAACCUACGCUCUCGGCCAAGGAGCCGCUGGAGAAACAGCACUAUUUCACGGUUAACUUCAGCCACGAGAACCAGAAAGCCUUGGAGCUGAGGACAGAGGACGCCAAGGACUGUGACGAGUGGGUGGCGGCCAUCGCUCAUGCCAGCUACCGGACCCUGGCCACGGAGCACGAGGCGCUGAUGCAAAAAUACCUGCACCUGCUGCAGAUCGUGGAGACCGAGAAGACAGUGGCCAAGCAGCUGCGGCAGCAGAUCGAGGACGGGGAGGUGGAGAUUGAGCGACUGAAGGCAGAGAUCGCAUCUCUGCUCAAAGACAAUGAGCGCAUCCAGUCCACCCAGACCGUCACCCCCAACGACGAAGACAGUGACAUCAAAAAAAUCAAGAAGGUGCAGAGCUUCCUGCGGGGCUGGCUGUGCCGGCGCAAGUGGAAGACCAUCAUCCAGGACUACAUCCGGUCGCCGCACGCAGACAGCAUGCGCAAGAGGAACCAGGUGGUGUUCAGCAUGCUGGAGGCCGAGGCCGAGUACGUGCAGCAGCUGCACAUCCUGGUGAACAACUUCCUGCGCCCGCUGCGGAUGGCCGCCAGCUCCAAGAAGCCCCCCAUCACGCACGACGACGUCAGCAGCAUCUUCCUGAACAGUGAAACCAUCAUGUUUUUGCACCAGAUCUUUUACCAAGGCCUGAAGGCCCGCAUCUCCAGCUGGCCCACGCUGGUCCUGGCCGACCUGUUCGACAUCCUGCUGCCCAUGCUCAACAUCUACCAGGAGUUCGUGCGCAACCACCAGUACAGCCUGCAGAUCCUGGCGCACUGCAAGCAGAACCGCGACUUCGACAAGCUACUCAAGCACUACGAGGCCAAGCCCGACUGCGAGGAGAGGACGCUGGAGACCUUCCUCACCUACCCCAUGUUCCAGAUCCCCAGAUACAUCCUGACGCUGCACGAGCUCCUGGCGCACACCCCUCAUGAGCACGUGGAGCGCAACAGCCUGGACUAUGCCAAGUCCAAACUGGAGGAGCUGUCCAGGAUAAUGCACGAUGAAGUCAGUGAGACCGAGAACAUCCGGAAAAACCUGGCCAUUGAACGCAUGAUCAUUGAAGGCUGCGAGAUCCUUCUGGACACCAGCCAGACCUUUGUGAGACAAGGUUCCCUCAUCCAGGUGCCCAUGUCCGAGAAGGGCAAGAUCACCAGGGGGCGCCUGGGGUCCCUGUCCCUGAAGAAGGAGGGCGAGAGGCAGUGCUUCCUGUUUUCUAAGCACCUGAUCAUCUGCACCAGAGGUUCUGGCGGAAAGCUUCACCUGACCAAGAACGGAGUCAUAUCCCUCAUUGACUGCACCUUGCUGGAGGAGCCGGAGAGCACAGAGGAAGAAGCCAAAGGGUCUGGCCAAGAUGUAGACCACUUGGAUUUCAAGAUCGGGGUGGAACCAAAGGAUUCACCACCCUUCACGGUCAUCCUCGUGGCCUCAUCCAGACAGGAGAAGGCGGCGUGGACUAGUGACAUCAGCCAGUGUGUGGAUAACAUCCGGUGCAACGGGCUGAUGAUGAACGCCUUUGAGGAAAACUCCAAGGUCACGGUGCCACAGAUGAUCAAGUCUGACGCUUCAUUGUAUUGCGACGACGUGGACAUUCGCUUCAGCAAAACCAUGAACUCCUGCAAAGUGCUGCAGAUCCGGUACGCCAGCGUGGAGAGGCUACUGGAGCGACUGACCGACCUGCGCUUCCUGAGCAUCGACUUCCUCAACACCUUCCUGCACUCUUAUCGUGUCUUCACUACCGCCGUUGUGGUCCUGGACAAGCUCAUCACCAUCUACAGGAAGCCCAUCAGUGCCAUCCCCGCCAGGUCACUGGAGCUCUUGUUCGCCAGCGGCCAGAACAACAAGCUCCUGUACGGGGAGCCCCCCAAGUCUCCGCGUGCCACCCGCAAGUUCUCCUCACCACCGCCCCUGUCCAUCACCAAGACGUCAUCGCCCAGCCGCCGGCGGAAGCUCUCCCUCAACAUUCCCAUCAUCACGGGCGGCAAGGCCCUGGAUCUGGCCGCGCUCAGCUGUAGCUCCAACGGCUACACCAGCAUGUACUCGGCCAUGUCACCCUUUGGCAAAGCCACGCUGGACCCCAGCAAGCUCUACGUGUCCAGCAGCUUUGCCAACAAGAUCCCAGAUGAGGGUGACGCCAACACCGAGAAGUCCGAAGAACCCUCUGCCCUCAGCAAGCAGAGCUCAGAAGUCUCCAUGAGGGAAGAGUCAGACAAUGAUCAAAACCAGAGUGACGAUGGUGAUGCUGAGACAUCCCCCACCAAAUCUCCAACAACACCAAAAUCGGUCAAAAGCAAAAACUCCUCAGAGUUCCCCCUCUUCUCCUACAAUAAUGGAGUGGUCAUGACCUCCUGUCGUGAGCUGGACAGUAACCGCAGCGCCCUGUCAGCAGCCUCUGCCUUCGCGAUAGCAACUGCGGGUGCCAACGAGGGCACCCCGAACAAGGAGAAGUACCGGAGGAUGUCCUUGGCCAGUGCAGGCUUCCCCCCCGACCAGAGAAACGGAGACAAGGAAUUUGUGAUUCGCAGAGCAGCCACCAACCGCGUCCUGAACGUGCUCCGACACUGGGUGUCCAAGCAUUCUCAGGACUUUGAGACCAACGACGAGCUCAAAUGCAAGGUCAUCAGCUUCCUGGAGGAGGUCAUGCAUGACCCAGAGCUCCUGACCCAGGAGCGGAAGGCUGCGGCCAACAUCAUCAGGACUCUGACCCAGGAUGACCCAGGUGACAACCAGAUCACACUGGAGGAGAUCACACAGAUGGCUGAAGGCGUGAAGGCCGAGCCCUUUGAAAACCACUCAGCCCUGGAGAUUGCGGAGCAACUGACCCUGCUGGACCACCUCGUCUUCAAGAAGAUCCCUUAUGAGGAGUUCUUCGGACAAGGGUGGAUGAAACUGGAAAAGAGUGAGAGGACCCCUUAUAUCAUGAAAACCACUAAGCAUUUCAAUGAUAUCAGUAACUUGAUCGCUUCAGAAAUUGUCCGCAACGAGGACAUCAACGCGAGGGUGAGCACCAUCGAGAAGUGGGUGGCCGUGGCCGACAUAUGCCGAUGCUUACACAACUACAAUGCUGUUUUGGAGAUCACCUCGUCCAUGAACCGGAGCGCAAUCUUCCGGCUGAAAAAGACGUGGCUUAAAGUCUCUAAGCAGACUAAAGCUUUGAUUGACAAGCUCCAAAAGCUUGUAUCAUCAGAGGGCAGAUUUAAGAAUCUGAGAGAAGCUCUGAAAAAUUGCGACCCGCCCUGUGUCCCUUACCUGGGGAUGUACCUCACUGACCUGGCCUUCAUCGAAGAGGGUACGCCCAACUACACGGAGGACGGCCUGGUCAACUUCUCCAAGAUGAGAAUGAUAUCUCACAUCAUCCGAGAGAUCCGCCAGUUUCAACAAACUGCCUACAAGAUCGAGCACCAAGCAAAGGUAACCCAGUAUUUACUGGACCAAUCUUUUGUAAUGGAUGAAGAAAGCCUCUACGAGUCUUCUCUCCGAAUAGAACCAAAACUCCCCACCUGAAGCCAGUACACAGCCCAGAUCCAGCCGCUCCCAUGGACACGUGCUAUAUGAUACUGUACAUAGUCGUUUGGUUUCUCUGGGUUUUCUUCUUUAGUAUGUGCUUCUCCAAGAAACAAAUCCGUUCUUGUUCUUAGAUUCCCAUAGAAUCAGAAUAUGAAUUUCUGCACCGUUUAAGACUUGGUCUGCCCGCCCCACCCCUCGUCUCCUGCAGUGCCUGGUUCUUUUCAUCAACCGUCCUUUCAGUCUGUCCUUCCCGGCCUCUUACUCUUCUCCGAAGGGAAAACAGACCCCGCACAUACACGACUCUUAGGCACCUGUCCUGCUUCUGUCUGUCGCCAGCCCAGGCCCCUGGGCUGAGUUGGCCAGGCAACA